AAGGCUUUCGUGCGGUAUAUCAUUUCUCUUGUUAUUUUUAGAACUACUAACAGAUUAAUAAUGGCGGUGGCGACGGCAGCGGCCAUGACAAACAUAGCUCCGAAGCUCUGCUCUACUCAAUCCUCACGUCACCAGCUUUUAUCGAAACCCGUAAAGAAGAAGCUAAUGUCUGUUCCAAAAUUCCACCUCUCAUCAAACACAUCCCUCAAAAGACAUUCUCCCAUUUAUGCCUCUAAUUCUCCACCGGAAGAACAAACUCCGGCCACCAGCCCUAUUAUCUCUCAGGAAGAGUGGAGUUAUCUAUGGAAAUUAGGAGUUGGUUCUGUUGGUGGUGCGGCUUUAAUAAAGUAUGGUAGCGUUCUUUUUCCGGAGAUUACAAGACCCAAUAUUGUACAAGCUCUCGUCAUGAUUUUAACUCCUGUAGUUGUUGCCACUGUGCUUCUGAUCAGGCAGAGCCGAGGAUCGAAGUGAUUAUGUAUUUGUAAGAGAUUUGUAUAUUGGAACAUUUUGUGGAUAUGUUGUUAUUAAUCCAUGUUAAUACCCAUUAUGAUGGGGAAAUGUAGUUUGUUCUCCAAGAAAUAUGUUGAAACAAGUUAAAUCUGUAGAUAAAUCAAGUUGAUGAUCUGAUAUUAACAGCA